AUGGCAGAUUCGGAGGCCCCCGCAACCGGCUCUAAGCGCCGUCGUAUUGCCCUCGCAUGUACUUCUUGUCGGACCAGAAAGUCUAGGUGCGAUGGGCGACGACCCACGUGUUCAACGUGCCAUCAGCUGGGGUUCGAAUGCCAAUAUGAUGCGCCAGACUCCACGACAAACAUUAUUAUACAAAAGGACUAUGUUUCAGGGCUCGAGAAACGAAUGCAACAUGUCGAGCAUCUCAUCCAAAGACACGAUGACCUGCUGACAGGACAUUUGUCCUCCUGUGUCCCAACUCGAGAGUAUUGUCAAGACCUGCCAGGUGGUCCGUUGCCAUUGAGAGACGCGCACGCGAGUGACGACGGCAUGGAGAUUGACGCUUCUGUCAUUGAAUCCGAAGAUUCAGGGACCGAAACGGACGCUAGGACUGACGGACUAGCCAUAACCUUUGUCGAUGAGCGCGCCGCAGCGUACUUUGGCGAGUCGUCAAAUAUUGGCUUCGUUCGCUACCUUGUUGCCUCGAUUUCCGCAAUUUGGGGGGUAAAAACACCAGAAGGACCCCAGCUCAGUAAAAAAGUUGAUGGAGAUGGAAGACGCGGUGCGAUGCUAUCGUCAGAGCACUCUCCCCUUGGGGCCUUGCCAACAACCCCGCAGUCUCUGGCAACAUGUUCGCGCUUGCCAGCAGUAGGUGACAUGGAAGUCAUGAUGAAUCGAUAUUUCAACACCAUGGGGCUUUUAUUCCCCUUCUUACAUGAGGCUACUUUUCGACAGACGUACAGCGCCUUCAAAGCGAGUGGCUUCAACAAGGUCCGACAAACUUGGCUUGGGGAGCUGAACCUGAUGUUUGCCAUUGCAAGCAACAUCAACAGAAAACAGGGCAAAACCUCGAAACAGUGCUUUCAAGAAUCACUGGUCUACUAUAAAAGAGCAAUGUCACUGUGUGGUGCCUCGUCGUUGCGAACUGUCAGCCUCGACAUUGUUCAGUUCCUUCUUCUGCAAGCGCUUUACCUUCAAGGUACACCUCAAGCGGGAGAGGCCUGGAGCGUGCAUGGGUUACUGGUCAGGAGUGCAAUCGCACUUGGUUUGCAUAGCGACAAGGUUGGACGACAGCUAAACGAAAUUGUACAGGAGAUGAGGAACCGAACCUGGCACACUAUAUACUGUCUGGAUACUGUCUUGAGCGCAACGUUUGGCCGUCCUUGCGCAAUACGCCCAGCGCACAUGACAAUUCGUUUACCGAAGCCGUGGCCUGUACCAGAGAACUUUCAGCCUUGUAAUGAAACCGAAGUGGCGCAAACGGCAACCGAUUUUUUGUCGCUCUCCGUUCAGUUGUACCAGAUCAUGGGUCUCUCUAUCGAAGCCCAGUACAAUGGCAAUCUCGGGACUGAUCAAAGCGAGGACGAAGUUUCUAUGCUCCAAACUGCUAGCAGACUGAGGAAGAAGCUUCGAAGAUGGGCAGAAACUCUACCGUCUGCAUUUUCGCUACUGCCAAGUAGCUCGCCCGAGUUGAAGCACAGCUCUAGGAUGAAUAAAUUGCGAGCAAUCACGACGGUCAGGUACCAUAGUGUGUCCAUCUUGAUUCACCGACCAUUACUCUACGCUACUCUCAAGUAUCUGUCCAAGAUCAACGGGAGGCACGACACGGAGCUGCCGUACACGACACAGCUGGCCAUGGCCGAGGCAUUCGAGUGUAUUUCUUCUGCGGAAGAGACGAUUGGAAUGGCAGCCUCGGUCUUUGGCGACGGUCCAGUUGAAGAUGGCAACCUUGGUGUGCGGUUUUUCACGCUUUACUACGUCUUUACCGCAGCGCUCGUGGUAUGCGGUGGUAUGCUUUGCGCCCGACACAGUCACCGCAUUAAUGCACAAACAGUUCUUGCCCAAGGCCGCCUGAAUCUCGUCAAAGCGGCAGAUGCACUCGAAAAUUUAGACAAUAGUAAUCCACUUGUCGAGAGAUGCGUCAAGUAUAUACGAUAUUUGUCCAAACUGCAAGAUUACCGAUCUGAUUCUGGCAGCUCUAAUGCUCCGUCUGAGGUAUUUGACGCUUUUCAGCAUAUGGACGGCGUCGAUUUCAUGGGCAUGGUGGACUUGUUGGACGAUGACAGUGGCCUCGGCCCGUAUUUAGCUGCCGAGCUCUUUGACGCUUCCACAAUCGAUUCACUGACGUUGCCAUUGUAA